UCAGGCGUGAAUGUGUUCCUGAGAAAGAUUGCUGUGGCGGCGGCCUCCAGUCCGGCAGUGGAAAUCACCCAACGAGAAGAGACGCUCUCUAUCAAGACUUCCACCAGCGUUCGCACCACCCAUGUUUCCUUCACCGUGGGUCAGUCCUUCAGCGAGGCCACAGUAGAUGGUCGGCCCUGCACGAGUUUUCCUAAAUGGGAAACAGACCGAAAAAUCAGCUGUGAACAGACCUUACAGAAGAGCGACGGACCUAAAACAACGUGGACUCGAGAACUGACCAAUGAUGGAGAGCUCAUACUGACAAUGACUGCUGGCGACGUAGUCUGCACCAGAGUUUACGAGAGGGAAUGA